AUGGUAGCCACUGUUCUUUGCAUAUUUACCAUGCUCGAGAUCAGUCUUUCAGACAAGCUCAAUAUUAGGAAUAGCAUGGACACCGAUGGACUUCAAAAGAAGAUUUUGGAGCUGUCUAAAAAUGCUGCAGAUCUUCAAAUCCAAGCACAUAUCUAUGAGAGCACUAUGGUGAAUAAAGAGGCAAGCUUGAUCCAGAAGGAGCAGGACAUCAAAGAACUGAAGUUAACCAUUGUGGAGUGUUCCUCAGUAAUAGAGCAAGAGGAAGCCUCUGAAGCAGAGGAACUUGUCAUGGCUUCUUUACAGUGGGUAAAAGAUCCUGAUGUGAACAUGCAACAGGGUUGGGAAAGAAAACUUGGGGUUCUCAAGCAAGAACUAGGAGAAAAAAGACACCUUUGGAUUCAGAAACUUCAUCUCUUGGAAAAAUACAAAGAAUCCCUAGAUAAGGAAUUUAUUCGAAUGGCAGGCAACCUGAGGAGAACCAAGACAGAGCAACUUCACCUAAGGAGAGAGCUCUCUGCUAGGCAACGUGAGAUAGAAACUGUCAAACAGUUACAAGAAGAAAUCGCUGGCCAGGCUGAAACCCUUGGUUUAGAGCUGCAAAAAGCUACAAAGCAGCUUGAGGAUGCCAGCAAACAGGCGGAGGAUCAAGUUGAAGCCUUUCACUCUACUUGUGAGGAAGCCGCAUCCUUGAAAUGCAAGUUAGAGGAAGCCAUUUCUGAGCAGCAAAAACUCAGGGAUGUGAAUGCAGCUUUAACAAGCACUUGCCAGUUGCUUCAAGAAAAGGUGGAAGACCAGAAAAGCCGCCUUGUUAUGGAGGACAAAUCACCCAAGUGCUCAUGUGAAAAAGAGGAAGAUGUGCCAACUUCCGUAGCAACGGAUAAAAACAAUGAUAAGGAUCCGUCUGGUCCUGUAUCAGGAGCAGAUCUGACCGAGAAGGAAUUCCUCCCCGUGAUGAAAGAGCACAAAACCGCAUUUCAAAACGUUUUAAAGCAAGACCUGGAGGUGGACCAGGAAAAGAAAAAUAAUAAAGAGCAGAGUGAGGAAGCACCAGCUGUGGUUCCCAGUAGGAAAGGGAGUUCACCCACUGCAGGUGGCAUUAAAGCAGAUAAAACAAAGCAAAAUGAGCCUGACUCUCCUAACGAGAAAGAAGUGGAGGCUGAAUUUCUGAGGUUGUCUUUAGGUUUUAAAUGUGACUUGUUUACCUUGGACAAGAGAGUGAAGCUUGAAGAAAGGUCCCGAGACUUGGCUGAAGAAAACUUGAAAAAGGAGAUCACAAAUGCUCUAAAGAUGUUAGAGGCUUUAGCUCCUUUGUGUGAAGAAGAUAACCAAGCGCAAGAGAUUAUUAAGAAGUUGCAGAAAAGCUUGCAGUUCCUUAGCCAGUAUGCAGCCCGAGUCGCCAGUAGAGCAGAGAUGUUGGGAGCUAUUAAUCAGGAGAGCCGUGUCAGCAAGGCUGUGGAAGUAAUGAUUCAACACGUGGAAAACCUGAAGCGCAUGUACACAAAAGAACAUGCAGAACUUGAGGAGCUGAAACAGGUCCUGCUCCAGAAUGAGAGAUCCUUUAGUUCUCUUGGAGAUCGAGAUGAAUCUACAAAUAAAAAGCUACCAAAUUCUUUUAACUUUAAGCCAUCAUCAUCCCUUCGAAGAGUUAGCAUUGCAACGUUGCCCAGGAGUGCUGCAAAUGCAGGCAUUGGGUUGCCACUGGCCCAAUUCCAUGAACCUGGCGGAGAUGAACGGAGUGAUAAAUUCGGCAGGAGGUCAAGCAGUUGGGGACGACUGGGAGCAAAGCAAAACGAGAAGCGUCCUUCACUACAGCGGUUCAUUAGCACAUAUUCCUGGGCAGAGGACGAAGACGAACAUGCUGAAACAAAAAAUGAGCAGUCGGAAUCACCUGCUGAAGUACAAGAAGAACCAUCAAAGAAGGAAAGUAUCUCUGAAAAAGGAAAAUAUUCAUCAAAAUGGAGCCUAGAGUCAGCGUGCAAUUUAAUGUCAUCGUUGGCAUCCCAUUUCAAGACUUCCUUUUCCAACGCUAACAAAACUCUCUGGGUUUCUGUUUCCAUCCUGGUACUGCUUGCUGCUCUUACAAGCUUCCUCACUGGGCUGUCUCUUCAAAGACCAGCAGACGCAGCACCUGUAGGAACUGGGGACUCCUGGACCUCACUACAGCAACUGUUGUGGCCAUAUACAGGACUUCAACACAAUGGACCACCCCCAGUAUAA